AUGACCACCACCGUGGAGAAGUCUAAAAACUUUCGCAUUGAUGCGCUGCUGGCGCACGACGCGGAACAGAGGGCGGACAGGGAUGGUGCGUCUCCGGGGUUGUACUACAGCAGGAGCCCCGGAGGCAGUCCGGUGUCAACCCGCGGCUCAGAGACGCCCUCCCCUCACCCAAACCCAACAAACUCCUCUCCAGCCCAGCCGGGAGUCCUGUCCAAAUCCCAGCUCUUCAACUUGUCCCAGUCAGGACUCACAGCUCUGCAGCAGGGGGGCCUCCUCGGAAUGCACCCUGGCUCCAUGUAUCCCCUGGCGGCCCUCGGAGGCCAGCAUCACGCCUUCAUGUACCCCGGCUUCACGCAGAUGAUCCAGCCAUACCCGGAGCAGCUUAAGGGGGCCACCAUGACCGCGACCCUGCCGCUGCAGCAAUGGAUCAGAGCCGGGAUGAUGAUACCCAGAGUGGAAGAGUAUGGAGCCCCGGCCCAUGCAGGCUUGUUGGGGAAGUGCCGUAGGCCCAGGACGGCUUUCACCAGCCAGCAGCUGCUGGAGUUAGAAAACCAGUUCAAGCUCAACAAGUACCUGUCCAGGCCGAAACGCUUCGAGGUGGCCACUUCACUCAUGUUGACUGAGACUCAGGUUAAGAUCUGGUUCCAGAACAGACGUAUGAAGUGGAAGAGAAGUCGUAAAGCCAAGGAGCAAGCAGCCCCGACCACAGAGACUGACACAGAAAGAGCGGGGAUGGAUAUGCACAGCGCCAAGCCUCAGACUGAUUCACACAGCUCGAGCCUAGAGGAUGAAGAGGAGAUAGAAGCAGAGGAUGAGGAUGAAAAAGAGGAGAUAGAGGUGUUGAGGGCAGGCUCUUUAGGCUCUGUGGGCUUCAUGAGGCAUGCUGGUGGAGGAACAGGGAAUUACAGCUCUUACACAGAGAAGGAACUGGAGCAGGGAGGGCCAAGAACAAGAAGCGAGGUUUUCCCAUUAUAG